CCAUGAAUUUUUGGUGUUUUUUAAUGUUGAUUCUACUUCAGCAAUCCUACUCUAGAUUUUUUGGACUGACAAAUAAAUUGGGUAGUUAAAAAUUAAAAGUAAUAUUAUUACCUCAUUCUCAUGAUGAUGUAGGGUGGUUAGACACUGUUGAUUAAAUAUAUUUAAGUGGACCUGGUGUUAAAAACAUUAUUUCAUCAUAUAUUAAUGCAUUGUUAGAAAAUGAGGAUAGGAAAUUUGUUUAAGUAGAAAUAGUUUACUUUGAGAGAUGGUGGAAUGAAUAAAGUGUUUUAAUGCAAUAAAAAGUAAAAGGUCUAGUUGAAAAUGGUUAAUUGAGUUUUGCUGCAGGAGGAUUGGUGAUGAAUGAUGAAGCAACACCAUAUUACGAAGACAUUAUAGAUUAAAUUACAUAUGGACAUGAAUUUUUAUUUAAAACAUUUAAUGUGAUUCCUAGAGUUGGAUGGUAAAUAGAUCCUUUUGGACAUUCAAAUGCAUAAAGCAUCUUAUCAUAUUUAUUUGGUAUGGAAGCAUCUUUUUAUGCAAGAAUUGAUUAUUAAGAUAAAGAAUAUAGGUAAAAAAAUAAGGAAUUAGAAAUGAUUCAUAUUCCUUAUACAACAAGUAAAUAACAUUAUCCAAUUUUAAUUCAUGUCAAUUAUUUUCAUUACUCUAGUCCACCUCGUUUUGAUUUUGAUCCAUUAAGAAAUUCAGGAGGUUAUGUGAAUGAUCAAAAUGUAUAAUCAAAAGCUGAUGAUUUAAAUCAAUAUUUUGUAAGAUAAGGUUAAUAUUAUCGAGGAUAAGUUCUUACUCAUACUCUAGGUGAUGAUAAUGAAUGGUCUAAUUCUAAAUCUUAUUAUGAAAAUAUGGAGAAAGUUGUUAAUUACAUAAAUUCUCAUCCAGAUAAGUACAAUAUUGUAAUUAAAUUUGGAACUCCAUAAGAUUAUAUUGAAGAAAUUAAUGAAUAUUCUGAUGAAAUAUUUUAUCCAACAAAGAAUGAUGAUUUUUUCCCUUAUGCUGAUAAAUAACAUUGUUAUUGGACAGGAUAUUUCACUAGUAAAAUAGCAUUUAAGGGUUUUGUGAGAUAUACUGGAAGAUAUUUCUAAUAACUUAAGACUUUUAUUUCUUAUUCAUUUGCUUCUCAUAAUUAGGAUAUUUUAGAUCUUAAAUAGCCACUCUUAAAGGCAUUAAAAGAAUUAGGUUAUACAUUAGGAGUAUCUUAACAUCAUGAUGCUGUUACAGGUACAUCAAAAGAGCAUGUAACAAAAGAUUAUGUUAAGAUGUUACAUAGAGAUCUAACAAAAAUGAAUAAAGAAUUCCAUAGAUUGAUGAAGAUUGUUAUUUAAAAGGAUUUGAAUGAAAAAAAUAUUGAUGAACUCUAUUAAUAUACAUAUAAUUCUACAUCAUCAGAAUGUGUUGAAAUAUAUGAAAAUUUAUAGAAUAAUAAAACUAUACUAUUAACAAUAGUAGAUACAAAAAUAAAUGAAAAUGAUUAAGAUAUAAUCAAAAUUAAAGUACCUAAAUUACCUCUUAAUAUAAUUGAUAUUUAAAAUAAAUUAGUUUAAGGUGAUGUUAUAUGUAGUAAUUCAAAAGAUGAAUAAGAUUGUACACUCUAUUUCAAUUACAAUAUCAAAAAAGGAGUUUAAUAUUACAAAAUCAAAUAAGGUAAUAAUAAUUAAGAAUCAUCUGCCAAAAUUAUAACUUCUGAAACUUUUACAAAUAUUACUGCUAAUACUAAAAUAUAACUUGAUGAUGGACCUGAAUUUUAGUUGUAAUAUAAAUAUUAUAUUGCAUCUACUGAUAAUGUAUAACCUAGUGGUGCUUACAUAUUUAGACCUUAAGGGGGAGCAUAAGUGUAUGGAUCUAUCUAAAAUGUAAAAGUAUUUAAUGGAACUAUUUUGACUGAAUUAAAUAUUGAACGAUCUAAUGUUAAUACAUGGAUAAGAAAAUAUAAAAUAUUAAAUAGUCAAUAUGAAGUAGAAACAUUUAUUGAUUCUAUUUAAAAAGAAUAGAAUAAAGGAAAAGAAGUUAUUGUAAUCUUUAAAAGUGAUAAUAUUAAAAAUCAAAAAGUAUUCUAUACUGAUUCAAAUGGUAUGGAUUUAUAAUAAAGAAAAAUUGGGUAUCGUGAAACUUGGAGUUUACAAACUAAUGAAUUUGUUGCUGAAAAUUAUUAUCCAAUAAAUGGAAUCAUUUAAAUAAAAGAUCAUGCUAGUCAUAAUGUUAUGGCAGUAAUAAAUGAUAGAUCUUAAGGAGGAUCUAGUUUCAAUGAUGGAGAAAUUGAAAUUAUGAUUCAUAGAAGAAUGUAUUAAGAUGACAGAAGAGGUGUUGCUGAAGCUUUAAAUGAAGAAGAAGAUAAUCCUUAAUGUAAAGAUUAAAUAUAAUAAAAUUGUUAAAGAAUAGUUGGUCUUAGAUAAAAAAUUAUUCAUAAAUUAUUAUUUUUUGAUCAAGAACAUUAACCAAAUCUUGCAAGAAAAGCUUAAUUAUAUUUAGAUUUCCAACCUAUUAAAAUCUUUGCAAUUGAUUCUUAAGAUUAAUUCAAUGAAAAUCUUCAAAUUUAAUAAUUCUAAUCUCUAUUAGACAAAAUUGAAGUUUUUAAUCCAAAAGGAGAAGCAAUUAUUAAAUUCUAUUUAAUACCAAGAGAAGAAAAUAAUGAAUAUUUACUUAGAAUCCAUAAUAUGUAAGAAUAAAAUAAUGUCAAAAUCUCUUUUCCUGAUGAUAUUUCAACUGAAGAAACAAUAUUGAGUGGUCUUCGAUAAUGGUCAGAAUAAUAAAAAAUAAGAUUAGGUAAUUAUCUAUUAUUAAUAAUUUUAGUUUGGAGUAAAAAUUAAAUUUAAGAUACCAUCUAUAUACCAUUAGAUGAGGUAGCUCCAUAACAAAUUAAGACAUUUGUAAUUAAAAUUUGAA